CUGAUCUGACUCUGUUCUGUUCGAGUGCGGAUCUGUUCCGUGUCUGUGUUUGUAGUUUUGUUGAUAAUUGAAGUUGAUGAACACAGAAAAAUGGCCGAGUCCAAAAUUUCAGUAGCUCAGGAUGAGUUCAGCUGUUCAGUCUGUCUGGAAACACUGAAGGAUCCAGUAACUAUAUCAUGUGGACACAGUUUCUGUAUGGUGUGUAUUAAUAACUGCUGGGAUCAGGAGGAUGAUAAAGGAACAUAUAGCUGUCCACAGUGUAGACAAACCUUCACUCCAAGACCUGUUGUGAGUAAAAACAUUAUUCUGACUGGAGUUGUGGAGAACCUAAGGAAAAGAAAAUUCCAAGAUCCACUUUCUACUGGACCUGAAGAUGUGAAUUGUGAUUCCUGCACUAGGAAAAAAUACAAAGCUGUUAAAUCCUGUCUGGUGUGUUUGGCCUCUUUCUGUGAAACUCACCUCCAACUUCACUAUGAAUCUCCUGCUUAUAAGAAGCACAAGCUGGUUGAAGCCUCCAGACGACUCCAGGAGCAGAUCUGCUCUCAGCAUAAUAAACUGCUGGAGGUUUACUGUCGUACUGAUCAGCAGUGUAUCUGCAUGUUGUGUAUGCUAGACAAUCAUAAAGGACAUGAUACAAUAUCAGCUGCAGCAGAAAGAACUAAGAAACAGAAGCAGCUGCUGGAGAUCCAGAGAAAAUUCCAGGAGAAUAUCCAGAAUAGAGAGAAGGAACUUUGUGAGCUAAUAAAUGCUGUGAAGUCUCACAAGUGUUCUGCACAGACAGCAGUGGAGAACAUUGAGUGGAUCUGUACUGAACUAAUCAACUCAAUUAACAGA